ACCAUGCGUAUAGCCACGUUCCUGGCGAUAGCGACGGGUGUGGAAAGCAACGGAGAGAAAGCCUCAGAACCUCCACAAAAAAUCAAGGAAUUACUGAAGGAGUUCCAAGACAUUCUUCCCGACGACCUUCCGAACGAGCUGCCGCCAUACCGAACGCACCAACACGAGAUCGUGGAAGAACCAGGUUCAAAGCCAACAUUCCGAGCACCAUAUCGGCUCAGCCCAAUGGAGCUAGCCGACAUGAAGAAACAGAUCGAGUAUCUCAUCGCAAAAGGACUCAUCCGACCAUCAACUUCGCCAUACGGUGCCCCAGUACUCUUCAUACCGAAACCAGACGGAAGCCUGCACAUGUGCAUCGAUUAUCGAGCUCUCAACAAGCAGACCAUUAAGAACAAAUACCCGAUUCCACGAAUCGAUGACCUGCUUGACCAGCUUCGGGGAGCCACGGUAAUUUCCAAACUAGAUCUGCGAUCCGGAUACUGGCAGAUACGAAUGGCAGACAAUUCCAUCCACAAAACUGCUUUCCGCACUCGGUACGGUAGUUAUGGGUAUGUAGUUAUUCCCUUUGGACUCACGAACGCCCCAUCGAAUUUUCAGAUGACCAUGAGCCAGAUCUUCUGUUCGCUUUUAGAUAAGUGUGUUAUAGUCUACCUGGAUGAUAUACUGAUCUACAGCGAGACCCAGGAGCAGCACUUAAAGAACCUCGAAGCAUAUUUCACGCUACUGCAAGAGCAUCGGCUGCUCAUGAAGAAGUCUAAGAGUGAGUUUUUAAAAGAUAGCUUAGAGUUUCUGGGACACGUUAUUUCCACUAAGGGCGUCAAAGUGGACCCGCGUAAGAUCGAGAUAGUGCAAGGCUGGCUACCGCCUAAGAACCUGCAGGAGCUGCAAAGAUUUUUAGGGUUCGUCAAAUAUGUUCGGAGAUUUAUCCCGAAUAUGGCGGUGGUAACUGCACCCUUACCUGACUUGUUGCGGAAAGGGACUGAGUAUAGGUGGGGGGAGAAAGAGCAAGUUGCCUUCUUUGCGCUCAAAACUUUUCUAUGCUCAACCCCUGUCUUUCGCAUCGCCAAUCCUCACCAUCCAUUCGAAGUGAUCAUGGAAGCCAGCGACAUCGCCAUCGGAGUGGUACUGCUGCAAGACUUCGAUGAAGGCCUACAACCAAUCGCGUACGAGUCACGAAAGCUGCACCCACCCGAACGAAAUUAUCCGAUACACGACAAGGAGAUGCUCGCGAUCGUGCACGCCUUCAAGGUAUGGCAGUGCUACCUGACGGGCGCAGACAUGAUAGUAUGGACAGACCACCGAAGACUAUAGUACAUCUGCGUGCAGCUGUGCUCAA